AUGCCGGCAGCGAGGCAGCAGCAACAGCAACAUAUUCAUGGACAUCAUAAUAUGCGUGGACCACUGCCGCCACCACCACUAUCCUCCUCCUUAGGUGGACCUCCACAACAACAUGCCUUAAAUAUGGCCGGUUUUCAAGCAGCAGCUGGAGGAGGAGUAGGACCAACAAUGCCACCACCACCAACAAAUAUGCAACAGCGUCCACACCGCUCUCAAAAUUAUCACAAUUUUAUGGAGGCAACAAAUAGCAGCAUUGCUGGAGGAGGGGUGGGAGGUAUACCACCACCACCUUAUAUGCAUUACAAUCGUAUGACCGGCGGAGGAGGAGCAGGAGGUGGAUUAUCAGGAAGCGGCAAUAAAAAAUAUCAUCACAAUCCGCAAACGUUUAAUAAAAUGCGUUCAGGAGCAGGAAAACUUGUACCGCCAUCCCAAGGAACCAAUCUCAACGAACAACAACAUCAUCAUCACCAAACCUCCUCCUCUACUAACCUACCAGCUCCACUAGCAUCCACACAACAACACCAUGCCCCUCAUCUUCAACAAAAUUCUAGUUAUGCCAAUACAACAACAUUGUCAGGUCCACUUAAUGUACCCACACCCAUGGCUCCCGGGGCCCCAAAUCAUCCUCCACCACAACAACAACCACAGUCGUCCAGCAAUUUGAAAAUUCUGGGCCAUGAGCAAGGAAAACCCAACUCCUCUUCGACUUUUUCGGCCCAAACGAAAGGUUCGGAUGUCAUAGCCGCAUCCGCAGCCGCCUAUGGUGGGUGUCUAAAUUCAAAGAAAUUGAAUGAAAUGACUUCAAGACAGUUCCAAACGGCUGCAGGAGGAGGUGGAUCUGGUAACAAAACGGCCUCAAAGUCAUCCACUACCAAUGAUGAUGUUCCUAUAAAUUCCCUAAAAUCCUUAAACUUUGAGGAGAAAAAUCCGCCCACCUCCCAGGAGAAACAAAAUGAGGAAAGUUCUGCCAAUAAGCCGCCAUCUCCCGAAGAAAUCUCCCCCGAGAAACUUGCAGGAGAUGGAACAAAAUCAAGCGAUAAAAUAUCAACCCAUGAAGCUUCAGAAAUCGAUAAGUCCAGCACCAAUAACCCUCCUACCUCUGGAGGUGCUGAUAUGGUUUCCGAUCCCCCCAAGGACGCUUCUUCUUCUUCGACGACUAAUGACUUGAAAAGUUCCCGUGAAAAAACCCCAAUGUGUUUGGUCAACGAUCUGGCCCGUUUCAAUAAAAUCUCCUUUCAAUAUCGUCUAACUGGGGAAAAUGGCCCUGCGCAUUGUAAACGUUUUACCGUUACCCUAAAAUUGGGCGAUGAGGAAUACAUGGCCGAGGGUUUGAAAAUCAAAGAAGCUCAACAUUUGGCCGCCAAGGAGGCCAUCCUCAAGACCAAAUAUAAACAUCCCAUACCCAAGGCCAAUCGUCGUAAUGGUGAUGAACAGGGUGCGGGUGCGGCCAAGGUCAAUGUUACACCCACCGUGGAAUUGAAUGCCUUGGCCAUGAAAUUGGGUCUACAGACCUACUAUAUUUUUGAUCCCAGGCAGUCGCAGGCGGCCAGUGGUGCGGCGGAUGGUGGAGGAGGAGAUAAGGGCAACAAGAACAUGGGGCCACGCUUUCGAGGUGGUGGGCCUGGUGCAGGGGCUGGAGUUGCCGUUGGCAUACCGCCGGGUGGUGGUUUGCUAACACCCAAUCAAUUACAUCAUUCUAUGAAAUAUGGAGGUGGCGGCGCUGGCACCUUUGUACCCAACUUGGUGGCCCAUCAUAAUCCGGCGGCAGCUCUUAUGCAUAUGCAACCUCGAGGUGGUGCUGGUGGCCCCAACUAUCCUCCUCCUCCACACGGCUAUCCAAUGCUACCGCCCCACAUGAUGGCCGCCCAUCAUCAUCCUCAUCAUGCGCCUCUCUUUCCCACUCCCUGUAAAAUUACCCUAAUUGUGGGUACGCAAAAAUUCAUUGGUACUGGCAGAACUAUACAACAGGCUAAACAUGAUGCUGCCGCCCAAGCCAUUGAGGCUCUCAAGCAGGAAAUGACGGCCGCCGCUGCCCAGCAAAAGGAAAACGAUGCAGAGAAAAACGAUGAAGAGGGUGAUGGCGAUAAUAAAUCACCCAUAUCGAUGGUCUUUGAAAUUGGCAUCAAACGCAAUCUACCGGUAGAUUUUAAAAUAUUGCGGGAAGAUGGUCCCGCUCAUAUGCGUACCUUUACCACAGCCUGUAUUGUGGGCCAGAUUGUCACAGAGGCUGAGGGUACGGGAAAAAAGAUUUCGAAAAAGAAGGCGGCCCAGAAAAUGUUGGAGGAGCUGAAGAAAUUACCACCCAUGGAACCGGUCAACACGGGGACGGGAGCUCCCAAUGCAAAUUCACCCAAUAAAAGGGUUAAGGCUGGUGGUGCUGGUAAAGGAGGGGCUCCAGGGUCUGGAAGAAAAUCCAACAAAAAGGAAAUGGGAGAUAAAAAAGAUGCCGCUGGGUUCUCCUCGUCUAGAGCUGGCGAUAGAAAUAAAAAACGUGAACGUCUAGAUUCCGAGCCGGCCGAUGCCGCCUCAAAUCCCAUUACCAAAUUGGUUGAAUGGUGUCAACACAACAAAGAAAAGGAACCCCUAUUCAAAUUGAUUACCGAAGCCGCCGGCAAGGAUCAGCUGAGGUCCCGUCAGCGACAAUUUGUGGUGGAGGUCGGGACCAAAGAUAUUACCGUACGUGGUGUGGGUAAUAGUAAGAAAACGGCUCGGCGAAAUGCGGCACAAAAUAUGUUGAUGGCAUUGGGUGUGGUGGACAGCAGCAACACCGAAGAGGCUGUUCUUUCUAAAUCUCCUAAUGGCAAAAUGAGUGUUGGUGAUACCAAGAAAGUUGUGGAUAGCUCCUUAGAGGAAAAGGAAACUUCCAAAGAAAUACCUAAAACCCCAGCCGCCCCCAUAGCCGUUGUCAUGAAACAGGAAGAGGCAAAGAAGGAGGUGAAAAAGGAGGAAGAGGAAAAACCUGCAAGUUCCCAAGAAACCAGUAUUAAACCAGCAACAUCUCCCAAUACUUCCACCACCACCAAACCCUCUUCCGGCCUCUAUAUGAAAGAUAAACUCAUCUAUUUGGCCAAGCUAAUGGGUUUCGAAGUCGACUUCUCCGAUUAUCCCAAAGGCAAUCACAACGAAUUUCUAUCGAUUGUUAUGAUUUCAACAAAUCCACCACAAAUAUGUCAUGGCAUUGGCGCCAAUGCCCAAGAGUCGCAGGAGGAUGCUGCCCGAAAUGCCCUCAAGAUUUUAAGUGAAAUGGGCCUGAGCAAAUAGAGAAAGAGAAAACCUCCAAAA